UCCAGUAAAGAGAGAGCAGAACCAUUUACCUUCCAGAGAAGGCAGAGAGAAGAGGGAGCCACAAAAUCCAUAGCCUGCUAUGCAGUAUUUAGCAUACGGAUCAGUCACACUUUCCAAUGAACUGGUCAGGGUUUUUGAAACCAUGAUUAUUUCGGUAUACCCCUAUCCAGCAAAACUUGUGAGAUAGGAAGAGAUCAUGGGGACUUACUGUUCUAAGCUUAGUUGAAAAUGUCUGUCUCUGAAAGCCUGGCAUAAAGAUCUCCAGACAGCUAUCUGAUCACAGAACAGGAUUUAUGCCUAACUGCAGUGACACAGCAAUGAUAUCUUCUUCUGUGCUGCUGGAUGGAGGAGAUGAAGUGGAGUGCAGUAUUUUAAGAUUUCCAGAUCUGGACUUGAAAGAUCCUCUUCCUUUGACAGCCAAAAGCAAUCUCAAAGCGGAAUCAGAUACCAGUGUCAGAAAGAAGUAUGCAUUUGCAAAGAAGAAGGCAUUUGCCCUCUUUGUCAAAGCAAAGGAAGUGCAUGUCACAGCUAGCUGCCCUCCAGCUACGUGCAGAGUGGGACUGGGGUGGAAAUGCUGCGGACAAACCUUUAACGACCUCACCGGCAUUCACAUACACGUCGCCACGCAGCAUUCCAGUGACAUCCGGCAGCAGACAGGUGUGAUUCUAAAGCAGUUGGCUGCUGAAGCCAGCACCUCAAGUAACCCAGCUUCUGCAGACGAGGCAGAUAGGCUAAGCGGUCCCACCUGUAACAGCCAGGAGCUCUCUGAUAGGCUCCCAGACACAAGCCACAUUAGUUUUGAUGAACUGACAAGUGGAGUGGGAGAAGUACUGUUAUAUUACUGUUACCGGGAGGUGAAAGACCCAGUGAGGCUCUGUGCUUGGCAGAGGUCUCUGUGCCAGCACCUUCAUCUCACUGGCAAGGUGCGCAUUGCUACAGAAGGCAUUAAUGGGACAGUUGGUGGAAGCAAAGUAGCUACCAGUCUUUAUAUAGAGGCAAUGCUUUCCCACCCUCUGUUCAAAACGAUUUUGUGCAGAGAGGAUUUCAAGAGCAGUGCUGGAGGAGCUCACUGUUUCCCAGACCUUCGAGUUGGCGUAUUUGAAGAGAUUGUACCCUUGGGCAUCAAUCCAAACAAAGUCUCCUACAAAGAAACCGGAAUCCAUUUAUCCCCUGAGGAAUUUCAUAAAGAAGUAGAAAAAUAUUUAUCUCAGGCUCCUCAAGCACAAAGCGACACCAUUUUACUGGACUGCAGGAACUUUUAUGAAAGUAAAAUAGGUCAUUUCCAGGGCUGCCUGGCUCCAGACAUCAGGAAGUUCAGCUACUUCCCCAGCUACGUAGACAACAAUCUUGAGCUUUUUAAAAACAAGCGCGUAUUGAUGUACUGUACAGGAGGGAUCCGCUGUGAGCGCGGCUCCGCCUACCUCAGGACCAAGGCUGCAUGCAGGGAGGUUUACCAGCUCAAGGGUGGCAUCCACAAGUACCUGGAAGAGUUUCCGGAUGGGUUCUACCGGGGGAAGCUGUUUGUGUUUGACCAACGUUACACCAUCUCUGCCAAUGAAGAUGUCAUUGCAGAAUGCAGGUACUGCAGGACGCUCUGGGAUCAGUACAAACUGUGCUCCAGCCUGCACUGCCGGCAGCUCGUCCUGACCUGCCCAAGCUGUCGAGCGAAGGGACUCACGGCUUGCUGCCCCGUUUGUCAGGAGAAAGGGCUCAAGCUGGCUUCAAACCCUUCUGGAUGGAUGGUCAAGGAGGAAUGUGACUGCACGGACAGACGGCAGCGGGUCCCAGUCAAACACAUAUGUGGCCUUCAGGGGAGCCCCCUACACACCAGGGGAGUGCUUCCGCCAGAUAAGAAAGCGGCUAAGAUGGAGCCAGGAGACAUGUUCUAGGAGGUCCUGCAAUACUCUGAUGCAGAAAAAAUGGAACGCAGGGAGUGGAGAGAAAUUGAAUGGCAGGACAGAAAAGAAAAUCAGAACUUUUUCUUGGAUGUCACUAAGCAGAUGAUAAAAACAGAGAUGCAUAAGUUUCUCAUAAUACUGCAGUCACAGCAGAUGCAUGCCUUCUCUCCCUUGCAGCACAUUCAGAACUGUUUUCCAUGCCCCACCCCACAACUCCACCCAUGCAUUCCCUUAUGCUUUCUGGAACAUCUCCGUUUUCCAUUCAUCCCACCCCCUCAAACAGCUUUCAAAAUUAUAGCUGGACCUAUGCACAGCUCUUCCAUGGUCCCUUCUUUUCCCACUAAGCGUUUGUGUGUGUGUUGAUUGUUUAUUUAGUAAAAACAAAGAAUCUGAAAGAUAACUGCUCUUUAGUUAUGUCCUACAAAUUGAGAUAGCAGGCAGCAGCAAGACAUAUACAGGCAGUUUAAUCCUUUGCUUACUGAAAUCCUAGACCGUGAAUCAUCACAAGUACUUCCUAAGAAAACUCGAUUUAAUAAAUCAUUGCAGUUUGCAGCAUAGAAAUAUACAUUAUUGGUUCUCAUUCUCAAAGUGUUGUCUCAAAGCUUCCUUGACUCGAAUUGCCCCACCCCAUUGUGCCCCUCUAAUAGCCCUGGUAUCAGGCUGUUCAAAAUCAGCUGCCAGGUGCAGUGCAUCAGUAGUCCACCCCUGAGCAAACCUUUCACCUUACCCUCACAAAUAUUAUGCAGCAUACAAUAGGCAGCUAUGACCAUGGGAAUAUUCUCCUCAUUCAGAUCUAGCCUGCCAAAGAGGCAUCACCAACACGCCUUUAAUCUGCCAAAUGCACAUUCCACAGUCAUCCUGAACCUAUUAUAGAAGCACUCCCUACUGCUAUCCAGGUUUCCUGUGUAAGGCUUCAUGAGCCAUGGGACUAAGGGGUAUGCUAGUCUCCCAGGACCACUAUGGGCAUUUCAAAAUCCCCCACUAGCAUCUUCUGGUCUGGAAAAAAAGUCCCUGUUUGCAGCUUUCUGUAUAGGCUGGUUGU